UUUAACACUUUAAGGCAGUAAGAAAACACUGAUUUGUCACUUCAUUUAGAAACCUGCUUUGUUUUUAAUAUUUUCUACAAAAGAUGAAGCAAGGUACCACUAACAUUUAUUUAUUAGAAUGAGUAGUUUAAUCAACUUUUUUUUGGUGUUUUUUUUGGUAUAUGAACAUGUACAAAUAGUUGUCUAAGCUUCAGAGGUUAAAAAGAAAAGCAGGUAAAGGACUGAGGGGGAGGGUAGUGUCAAAAACACUUCCGUUUAUGAAGCAGUCUGGAGAUUUCUCAGAAAUGAGAAACAGGUGUUGACAACUUGCAAUCACAAUGCUUUUGUCUUGGAUACUGGUAUUAACAGGGACCCUUGUACUGCCAUUGAGGGCUUUGGGGACAAUAGAACAAAAACGGGUUAAACUUGGUGAAUCAGUUGUCUUGAAGUGUAGUAUUUCUCUGCAUCAUGAAAUUUUCUGGCUGAGAGUGAACAUGAAGGAAAGACCAAAGGUUGUGCUUGUUGCGCGCCUAAAAAAUGAUGGAGGCAUAACAGAAGUUCUGAAUCACAACAGCACACAUUUUGAGGGUUGUCUGGUGGACAAGUUUUUUGGACUGAAAAUUUUCAGUGUCUUGAACAGUGAUCUUGGCUCAUACUACUGUGGAAUUGUAGAAGGAAAACGCAUGGAGUUUGAAGAUGGAGUGCACAUAUAUGACAUAAGAGAUGAAUGUGUCUGUAACAAUAAAGAAGCCUUCUCCAUUCAACCUCCAGUGGCUGAAAAAAUAAACAUCUCAUACGCAGUUUUUGCAGCAGUUCUGAGUGUUGGACUGCUAGCAAUGGUUCUGGUGGUUUUUAUUGUACAUAUGUUGAUAUGUAGGAAAAUUAACUGAACAGAGCAUACAAAAAAUAAUGAUUCUGAAAAAUCAGUCAGAUAUUAUGUCAGUAUUAUUUGCUUGGUGACUAUAUCAUAAUUUAUUUGUCCCGCAUUAUUAAUGUACUAAAUUAAAAUACAUUUAAUUAGAUUAAAGUUGUGCUUACAAAUUCAGCAUUUGACCUCAUGAUGAACAACUUGUUUUGUUUUUUUAUUCAUUUCCUGCCUUUUUCCUGUGAUCUAUUAUGACUCAUCUACACAGUGUCGCAUUUAUUGUAUUUCCCUGUAACCUACCAGUGACUGAAAUUAAAGUGUGAUAUGGUCCUGCUCA